AUGACUCAACAAACACCUCCACCAUCAAUUUCUCAAAUUGGAGAUGCUCUACGCAACAUCUCCACAAAUUUCCAUGGUAUCCAUGUUGAAGAUGAUAUUGUAAAGCGCCGCUCUUCUGUAGCUCUUAUUUUACGUUUCCCCAACUUGGCAACUUGUGAUCUCGACAGUGACCCCUCCUCGGUAACCGACCUGAUCAAUGCAGGAACUGACGCCUCUAUUUCAUCUUAUCCAGAAAUUUUAUUUAUUAAACGAACUUCUCGCAAAGGGGACCGCUGGUCGGGACAUGUUGCACUUCCCGGAGGUAAGCGCGACCCUGACGAUGAAUCUGACGAGGCUUGUGCUGUACGCGAAACUCUUGAAGAAGUCGGCUUCGAUCUUAAUAAACUGGGACGUUUGGUUGGUCCACUUGAUCAGCGACUUGUCAAAACAUCAUGGGGUCGUAUCACUCUUAUGACGCUAUGCCCCUUUGUGUACGUUUUAACCCCAGAUGCUGUCCGGCUUUCCUAUAAAGAAUCUCUUUUAACUCUUCAGCCGACUGAGAUUGAUCGCGCAUUUUGGAUUCCUGUUGAUCAGCUAUAUUUCCCAGAAAGAGCAUCUUCUUUUGAGACAGUUGGUCUCGGUGACCGCCUACGUCUUCACAAAUCUCCCUUUCUCCCUAAACCUCUUGUAUCAACCUUAAGUCGAAUAAAUGCCUUUGGAGAAAUGCACUUUGGUGCCAUUGAUCUUACAGAGCCCCGUGAUAUGGUUUUGUCAGUUCCUAAUGAAACAGAUAAAGCUGUUCUUCCCUACAAACUUUGGGGGUUGACUCAUGGUGUUAUUGUUGACUUGCUUGAGCUUUUCCAACCACAUUCAGCCGCCCAGUUUUUCUUGUUCCCAACGCUUACUGCUCCCGAUAUUAGAUUUUUCAUUUACGUUUUUUCAUACAACUAUGUCAAGACUAAACGUGAUGCGUUCCUUAGAGGUCCAGUUAACAGGUAUCAUGAAGGCCAGCUAGACAUUACUGGCAAAGCUUUAGCAAACUAUUUCCCAUUCCUUGCAAAAGCCAUUUAUGCAGGGCUUGCUUUCCGUGUCACGCUCAUUGCUGCUAUCAUCUAUUUUAUUCUUAGACGUAAGCUUAGAAAGUAA